UAAAAUCCAGCUGAUCUCAAGAUGAUACAACUUUUACAAAAAGUAUUGCAAGAUUUUUGUUAAAAGCAUUAGAAAAAGUCUUUUUUUGGUUUUAAAGUGAAACAAAAUUCUUAACAACAAAUUUCUGUUUUGGAUCUAAGGAUUAAAAACAUUUCAAAUAAGAAAUUAAAAAUAGAUCAAAAUUUAGGAAGCUAGCUUUAGGAUUCGUUUUCUUCUCUUUCCUGUUAGAAAUAAAUUGAUGGUUUGUGGUAAAAGUUCCACGAAGCACGGAAACGACAAUAAAAUUCCACAACUGAUUCAAUUUUAUAAAGUUCCACGAAGGACGGAAAUAGCUAGGUAAAAAUAAUAAUGUCCAACUUUAUAUUAUUUGAAUUUAUAUAUCUAAAUAUAUACAUAUUUAAAACUAGGUGAAAAACAUAUUUAAAAUAAAUAAUCACUAAAUAUAACAUAAUGAUAAAUAAAAUUUUAUUUUUAUAAAAUGUAAUCAUAACUCUACUAAAAUGUAAAUAAAAUCAAAAUGAAACUGUUAAACCAAAUCAAAAGGAAUAAAACUACAAAAAUUAGAUUUAUGAUUUUUUUUUCAAACCGAUAUAGUUAAAAUAGAAAAUAAUAAUGUCACAGUGUAAACGAAAAUUUUCUUUUAAAAUAAAAAGAAUAAUAUAUUAUUAUUUCUGUCUAUGUCAGGAAGAAAACACCUAGUACUAUUCAAAUCCUUUGUAACCAAAAAUACCGACUGACUUGUCCGUACGGUUUACCAAAUCGAGACACGCGAAAGAGGGGAAUGAAAUACCUGAGUUAGAGGGCCCAAAAUAUACAGGCCCAUUUGAGUGAAUCUGGGUCAUAUUUAUAAAAAGGGAAAUGGAUAGUGACGACUAACGCGGCGCAAGAAUCAGUCCGCGUCAGAAAAAAAGAGGCCAACUACUCCGCAGCCAUCUCGCUAGUAUUCCCAUAAAUCCCUUUUUAGAAUAAUAAUAUGAUUAAUAAACAAUACAAUACAAGACAAGACAAGGAUAUCAUUUUGAAUUACGACUCAUCAUCAUCAUAACUUUUCCUGAUCUCGAUUCCUCCUUCAUUUCUUCUUCCAUGGAUAACAGCUACGAGAGUUUAUCAGAUUUUGUAAAGCACUUCUACAUCCCUUCUUACGUCCUCUCUCCAGAAUCGGAGGCUCAGGCACAGCCCAUCGCUCCACCAGAGAGUCCCGUCCUUGUCUUCAUCAACUCUAAAAGCGGAGGUCAGCUGGGUGGGGAGCUCCUCCUCACCUAUAAGUCUCUUCUUAAUGAGAAGCAGGUGUUUGAUCUUGGGGUAGAGACCCCGGACAAGGUGCUCCGCAGAAUCUAUCUUAACCUCGAGAGGCUAAAGGAAGAUGAUCUCGCUCGUCACAUUCGGGACAAGUUAAAAAUAAUUGUGGCAGGAGGUGAUGGAACUGCUGGGUGGCUACUUGGAGUUGUAUGUGACCUUAAAUUAUCACAUCCUCCUCCUGUUGCCACCGUUCCUUUGGGUACAGGAAAUAACCUUCCCUUUGCAUUUGGAUGGGGAAAGAAAAAUCCAGGAACUGAUACAGCUUCAGUGGAGUUGUUUUUGGAUCAAGUGCUCAAGGCCAAAGAGAUGAAGAUUGACAAUUGGCACAUAGUUAUGAGGAUGAAGACUCCUAAAGAAGGCCCUUGUGAUCCUCUUGCACCUCUUGAGUUACCACAUUCUCUACAUGCAUUUCACCGUGUCUCUUCAACAGAUGAACUAAAUAUGGAAGGUUACCACACAUUUCGCGGGGGAUUCUGGAAUUACUUUAGCCUCGGAAUGGAUGCUCAAGUUUCUUAUGCGUUUCAUUCUGAGAGGAAGCUGCACCCUGAAAAAUUUAAGAAUCAGCUCGUUAAUCAGAGUACGUAUGUAAAGCUUGGUUGCACGCAAGGAUGGUUUUGUGCCUCUCUAUUCCACCCUGCUUCACGUAACAUAGCUCAGCUUGCAAAGGUUAAGAUUGCAAAUAAAAAUGGCCGAUGGCAGGACCUUGACAUACCCCAUAGCAUCAGGUCCAUUGUAUGUCUGAAUCUGCCCAGCUUUUCUGGAGGGCUAAAUCCUUGGGGCACACCAAAUCCCAGGAAACAACGUGAUAGAGACUUGACUCCACCGUUCGUUGAUGAUGGCUACAUUGAGGUUGUUGGGUUCAGAAAUGCUUGGCACGGUCUUGUCCUGCUCGCUCCAAAUGGACACGGUACACGACUUGCCCAGGCAAACCGCAUUCGCUUCGAAUUUCGGAAAGGAGCAGCAGACCAUACAUUUAUGAGGAUGGAUGGGGAGCCGUGGAAACAGCCACUGCCAAUGGAUGAUGAAACUGUGAUGGUAGAGCUUUCACACCUUGGCCAAGUGAACAUGCUUGCAACUCAUGACUGCCGGUCCAGAAGCAUGUACGACCCUUCAACGCCCCGUCAUCAGGAUUCGGCAGAAGAGUAUGAUGAUAAUGAAGACGACUCAGUCACUGAAGGCGAGGAAUUUAGAAAGUUUGGUGCUGCAGAUACCUUCAAGAUUCCUGACGAGGUUGAUAUUUCUCACCUUAGUUAGAAAAUUAGCAGCAUCUUUCACUGUUGAUUCUAUGCUAUUCUUCCUCCGGUCUCUUUUUUUUUCCUUUUGGCACAUUUAUAAAAUUCUUUCAUAAAGAGGCAGCUAGCAGUAGUUGGUUCCCAUUUUUCAUUUGUUGUGCAAGCUUAAUGAUCGAAACAGUUAUGUAGUGCUUCUGGAUUUUUAUAACAUCUCCGCUCCUUGUUCUGUUCA